AUGAGAGCCUGGGUGUCCGGUCUUGCUAGACGGCAAAGGCUAUCCUGCCCUUCACCUUCGAAAUCUCGUCUCCAGGAGGUCGACUGCACAAGACCAGAUACGAUCCGGCUGCCAUCAGUCAGAACCGAGACCCCCUACCGAGCGGAGCCUCACACUCUGCCAACCGCAAUCGUCGACGAAUCCAGCAUUGCCUUCUCAGGGAGAGUGGCAUUGGUUGCGAGGAUGCCGAGAAGAUUGCCUAUUCCGUGGAUCGACUCGGACAGUAAUCUGCACUGGUACGACCCAGAGACCGGCUAUGAUAGGGGGAGCUACGAUGAUGAUCAAGGUACCAGCUACAAGAAGACUCCCAAUUCCAAAGGACACUCGGUAAGGUUCUCAGGGCCGACGAGAGGAGGUUCUAGUACGAGUAGUGAUCGUGGCCGCGGCCGGCGUAGGCGGAGAGGAGACCAUCCCGAAUCGCGCGCCCUCUCGGCCGUCUUCUCUGGCGUCUAUCCCCGCGACCGUCGACACCGCAACUUGGAGAGCCGCUCGGGUAUCAGCAUCGGAGGUCCUUUUUACGACGAAGACCACGACCGCUGGGACUACGACUUCGGCCGCUCCAGCGGUCCGCCGAGGCUCGAGGACUGUCCGCAUGGCGAAGUGGAGGUCGUGUGUGAGUACUGCAAUGACGGCCAUGGACGUCAUGCUAUGUUGGCGACUUUGACUACGACUUCUACAACGAGUGCCCAGCGCCUCGACACCAACACGGCCGGUCCUCCUCAAGCAGACGUCGACGCCGCCGUCCUGGUCCGCCUCGGGGCGAUCUGGGUCGCGAUCGCCGCCACAGCUCCUGCGGCCUCGAGCCCAUGUACGACGGUUUGGUUUUACAUGAUUUCGGGUAUCAUCCUGACUUCAUUUAUGAUUACGAUGACGACUUUGAUUAUGAUUAUGAUUUUGGCGACGGCGACCCCCAUGGGAGGCGCAGGAGAAGAGGAAGAAGAAGAGGAUCAAUAA